GGAUCCGGGUGGGCGAGGGGCGGUGCUUCGGCCCAGCGGGAUCACCUCAGCAGGGCAGCGGGGCGGUGCCCAGAGGAGCGGCGGCUCACAGGGAGGAAGGGCGUGUGGCGAGGUCGGGCAGACCCAGGAUUCCAGUGACAAUGUCGAAGCACCAUGAUGCAGGGACCGCUUUCAUCCAGACCCAGCAGCUGCACGCUGCCAUGGCGGACACCUUCCUGGAACACAUGUGCCGCUUGGACAUCGACUCGGAGCCAACCAUUGCAAGAAACACUGGCAUCAUCUGCACCAUUGGCCCAGCCUCCCGCUCAGUGGAGAAGCUGAAGGAAAUGAUUAAAUCUGGAAUGAAUGUUGCCCGCCUCAACUUCUCUCACGGCACCCAUGAGUAUCAUGAGGGCACAAUCAAGAAUGUGCGAGAAGCUACAGAGAGCUUUGCCUCUGAUCCCAUCACCUACAGGCCUGUGGCUAUUGCACUGGAUACCAAGGGACCUGAAAUCCGAACUGGACUCAUUAAGGGAAGUGGCACAGCAGAGGUAGAACUGAAGAAGGGGGCAUCACUCAAAGUGACCCUGGAUGAUGCCUUCAUGGAGAGCUGCGAUGAGAAUGUGCUGUGGCUGGACUACAAGAAUCUCACCAAGGUUGUAGAAGUUGGCAGCAAAAUCUAUGUGGAUGAUGGUCUGAUUUCCUUGCUGGUUAAAGAGAAAGGCAAGGACUAUGUCAUGACGGAGGUCGAGAAUGGCGGCAUGCUUGGCAGCAAGAAGGGAGUGAACCUGCCUGGCGCUGCAGUUGACCUGCCUGCGGUCUCUGAAAAGGACAUUCAGGACCUAAAAUUUGGUGUGGAGCAGAACGUAGAUAUGGUAUUUGCUUCCUUCAUCCGCAAAGCUGCUGAUGUCCAUGCUGUCAGGAAGGUGCUAGGGGAGAAGGGAAAGAACAUCAAGAUCAUCAGCAAGAUUGAGAACCACGAGGGUGUGCGCAGGUUUGAUGAGAUCCUGGAGGCCAGUGAUGGCAUUAUGGUGGCCCGCGGUGACCUUGGAAUUGAGAUCCCCGCUGAAAAAGUCUUCCUUGCCCAGAAGAUGAUGAUUGGGCGCUGCAAUAGGGUUGGCAAACCCGUCAUCUGUGCCACUCAGAUGCUGGAAAGCAUGAUCAAGAAACCUCGCCCAACCCGUGCUGAGGGCAGCGACGUUGCUAAUGCUGUCCUGGAUGGAGCAGACUGCAUCAUGCUCUCCGGAGAGACUGCCAAGGGAGACUACCCACUCGAGGCUGUGCGCAUGCAGCACGCUAUUGCCCGCGAGGCCGAAGCCGCCAUCUUUCACAGGCAGUUGUUUGAGGAACUGCGUCGUCUGACCUCCCUGAACUGUGAUCCCACGGAGGCUGCCGCUGUUGGCGCUGUGGAAGCGUCCUUCAAAUGCUGCAGUGGGGCCAUUAUUGUCCUCACCAAGUCUGGAAGGUCAGCACACCUGGUGUCCCGGUACCGCCCGCGGGCUCCCAUCAUCGCUGUGACCCGUAAUGACCAGACAGCACGCCAGGCCCACCUCUACCGGGGUGUCUUCCCUGUCCUGUGCAAAGAACCGGCCCAUGAUGCGUGGGCAGAGGAUGUGGACCUCCGUGUCAACCUGGGCAUGAAUGUUGGCAAAGCACGUGGGUUCUUCAAGAGCGGUGACCUGGUCAUUGUCCUGACGGGCUGGCGCCCUGGCUCAGGCUACACCAACACCAUGCGUGUGGUGCCGGUUCCCUGAACGACUGACUCAACCAGCAGCCACCUUCCUUCCCCCUUCCCUUCCCCUAUCCCCUUGCCUUAGACCAGCCAUCGCUUGCGAUGUUCUCCUUGGCCCUAGAGUGGAUGUAGGUUGCUAAACACCACCCAGUGCAGCAGGGGCAAGAGACCUUACAUCACUAAAAAUAUUUACUUGAAGUGUUUAGUUUUUUUAAAAACCUCUCCCCGUAGUGAAGUCCUGCCCUGAUGUAUGUCAGGAGUCAGUGUAGGAGGCUCCCGCAUGCUGCUGGGACUCCUCUUAGAUGGUCCUCAGGGUGUGAAAUGUCCCUUUCCCUGUCUCUGUUUUGGGGGAACAGGGAGAGGUGAUGGGUUGUCAACGGUUCCGCUGCAUCCCUCCUUGCUGGAGGUGAGCUGCUCUUCACCCCCCUCCCAUGCAGCCAGAAACCUCCCCCCAGACCAAAUCCAAGGUGAUUCCAGCCCCCUCUCAGCUGGUUUAUUUUCAGGGGUGGGGGUGGGAGAAGGGUGUUGGCUCCCUGCACGCUCCAUCUCUGUGCGAAGAGCUUCCUGUGCAGCAUUGUUGUUGUCUUGUGUCUUGGUUGUGUUUUCCCUGUCUCCUUCUCACCCUCACCCAGCACUCCGACGGGCUCCUGGGGUGGUAGAGCACAACUGUCCAUCAAUAAAGAGAAGCUGAAGCACC